CACUCAAACAAGUGUGCAUGUGUUUUGGGGUUGAGGGUGGUCCCUAAUCUGUCUUUAUCACCAACUCUUGGAUGCAUUCCCUCUAGAAAACCAUGACUCCCCCAUUGGUGUGAGGGAACAAAGCUGGUGGGAAAACAAACAGCUGUCAGGGGAGCUUUAAAAAGGCAAUAUAAGGAAAAGUGAAGGAGAACAGGGAAGAAGAGCGAGGAAGGAGUGUGGGCAGCAUCACUAGACCGGAAUGUCACUGUGCUCAGUAGCUCCUGAAAAACAAAACAUCAUUGGACACCAUGGGCCUCACUACACCGCAGUGAGGUAUUCUUUCUGUAGGGUUGGUAAAAAGUAUCAGGGGUGUGGAGAAAGAUAUAAACAACACUAUACUCACACUCUGUACCACUCUGCCUAACACUGGGACCAUGAAUGCACAGAAGGCCACUCCCUGUGAGUAUGCUGGCAUACUGGGGGACAGCUCGGACUCUGACGAAGAGCCCAGUCCAGAGGAUCAGCUGGCUAUCUCCUGGGAGCACCUUCCUAUACUGGAGAGAUUGGGCCUCAGCAGUGGUACAGAGAUGACUGAAAAGGAGGUUGAGAAUGCGUUUACCCAGCUUGCACUGGCGUUCCGUUGUGACCAGUACACCCUAACCCAGAGACUGCAGGCUGAGGAACACGACAGAACAGUGGCCCAGGAGAACCUCAUCCUUGAACUGGAGCAAACCAGAAACACACUGCAGUAUCUGAGAGGUAGAUGUCUAGACGCUGAGAUGCUGAGUCGUAUUGAGGCCAGUCUGGACACAGUGCUGGACAGCGUGAGUGACAUCAUCACUGCUGCUGAGAUGCUGGGGACUGUGCACCAGGAGGCGCGUGUGUGUCAUUCUGUGGAGAUGAUGGGUAUACACGUGGAGCAUCUGAAGCGUCGUCACGCUGUGGAGAGAUCCGAGCUGUUGGAGACCAGGAAAUGUUUCCACCGCAGCCGGGGCAGGAGACACAGCGACUCAGAGGAUGGAGACGUUAGGCACCUGUUUGCCAGGCGAGACUCCCAACAUACCCUCCUUCGGCGAAGAGUCAGCGUCACACUAAUCCCAACGGGAUCCCAGCUCAGAGACCUGGAGACCAAGUUCCAGGAGGGUUGCAGGGCCAGUGCUGCCACUGACAGCCAGGGGCCAGAAGGGGGCAGUGUGAACCAAGCCAGCAGGCCCUCUGAGAUGUCCCCCCACCACACCCCCCUCCUGCUCAGACAGAGCUCCACACAGAGCUCCCAGAGCCUGGAGGAAGAGAGCGAGGUAGCCCCUCACACAAGUUCCCUGCAGAUGACGCUACAUCACAGGCGGAGGUCUGCAAUCGUGACGCAUGAGGCUAGUUCAGAGGAGGCCAAAGCCAAGGAGUCAAGAGCGGGGUCUGGAGUGGGGACGGGGUCAGGGGCAGGGUCUGGAGCAGGCACAUCCAAGACCACCACAGUCUGCACCACAGAACCGCUAGUGGUGCUGUCAGAGCAGCGCCUCCUAGCUACAUGGCUGUCUUACUGGAUGUGGAUGGUGCUGCUCCUCCUGGCUCUCUACUUCUUCCUGCUGCUGGGGUUCCUCCUCUGGGGUCUGAAGGUUCCACACCGCAGCUUCUGAUAUCUCACUUCUGCUGCACUGCAUCUCAGCUCCACACCACAGAGUUCUGCGAUUUAGCAGAAGCUUUUAUCCAAAGCAACUUACAGUCAUGCAUAUUUUUACUUCUGUACCACUGAGGUCUAAGAACUGAAUUCUGAGCUAUGCACCACCACCAACUGAGAUAAACUGGGCAUGGCUUUGUGAAUGCACGAGUUCCCAUAGUGUGGUCUGCAGUUGGGCUCUGCUCAACUACCGGAGUCUCUCACUGUGCAGUGAGUUUAAGAGGGAUGAGAGUAACAGAGUUAAGAAUGUGCAGUAAACUCACUCCACAGCUAGCUUGAAAUAUCACCAACGGAUAGCAAACUGGAUCCUUUUCUAUAGCUCAAUUGGUUGGUAGAGUACGUUGUUGUCACGCCUACUCCCUUCCUCAGGCGCUCGAUGUUGUCGGUCUACUAAGCACUGGUCCUUGCAACCCACGUUGCGAACACCUGGCAAUCAUCAUUACGCACACCUGGACUUCAUCACCACCCUGAUUACCAUCCCUUCAUAUAGCCCUCACCACCCUCAGUCAUCAGGCUGUAUUGGUUUUGUUUUCAUGUCUAGACGCUGCACUUGUUUUGUAACACACUAUGUUCAUUAUUAUUAAACUCACCACCUGCAACUGC